AUGGCUAGCACUGCCGCCACCAAUGCCACCAAUGCCGUCGCCGAUGCUGCUGCUACUACCGCUGCUGCUAUUGCAGUUGCCGCCGCACCUGUUGCUGCACCUGCUGAGGUUCCACCUGGAAAUGUGGCCGCUGUGAGGCCGAUGCAUAAGCUGGCAGAACAAUUCCUGAAAUUGAAUCCGCCGAAGUUCACGGGAGUAGGAGAUCCUGAAGCUGUACCCCUAUGGAUUCAGGGUUUGGAGAAGACCUUUGCACUGCUGAUGUGCACCGAGACAGAGAAGGUCGUCCUUGCAGCCUAUCAACUACAGGGAAUUGUAAGCAUUUGGUGGAUGACCACUAGAGGAAUGGUAUUCCCUGAAGGUGUGGUUUCGAAGUGGAACGCUUUUGUUAAGGUCUUCAACAGAAAAUAUUUUUCUGAGACUGCCAGAGAACUGAAGAUGGCGGAAUUCCAGCGCCUUCGCCAAUGUACGAUGACAGUUGUUGAUCGCAUGAAGAGAAGUUCGCUAAACUGUCACAAUACGCCCCCAGAUUGA